AAAGGGGCGAAAUCAGAAGCAGCACUUUUUCACACACUCUCCUCAUUCCAUGCAUGAAAGGGAGUUUCUGGUAACCAACAGAAAUGGGAACCUUCAUCACCCUCUGAAUGACUUGUCACCUGUGUUGCUGGAGAUGGUGAUGGAGAUAUUUCAUAUUCCAUGAUACGGGAACUCUCUCUCACUCUCUACCACAGAAAUUAUAAAAUUCUAGAAAUCAAAUCAACACAGAGAGAUUUUUCCUCAAAAGGAACGUCCACAAGCAUUCUGAUUUGGGUAAAUUUUUCAGGGGACGGCCAUUAAAGCUAUAAAAAAAUGCUGCUGAGAAGCUCUUCUACCCCUGUUCUUGGGUCCCUCCUCUGCUCCUCCGAGACCCCAAACAGGGAUUUUGAGAAUAGCUCCACCAACAACAACAAACACACAUCGAGCUCUGAUCAUACUCUGAAGAUCUCGUUCUCUCAUGGUGGGUGCCCUCAUUUCAGCGCCUUCUCCUGCAACUCAUCUCCAAUUUCUCACACUGCUGUGACCUUCUCUGACUUCGACCACGAACCCAAUAGUACCAGCUCAAGAGGCUUUCGAAGGGCCCGAUCCGAUGGCAACUUAGAAGGACUUGCUGCUGCCUCCUGCGAUUUAGACGAUUACACAACGAAGCCACUGAGCAGAGCUUCACGAAGGCCAAGUAUGUCUUUUAUGGAGACAAUCCCAAGCUCCUCUGUUGAUAGUUCAAGAGAGGGGUCUGAGGACGAAGAAGAUAUGGUUCAGAGAGAUGGUUUAUUGGGGAGGACUGUCACGAUUGGAGACUUUAUCGCGGCGGCGGUGGGAAGUGGUGAAUUCUCUUUUGGGAAGAACAAUAACAUGGGUUUGGUUGUGGAGGAAGAGGAAAAGAAUUUGGUGAGCCCACCUCUCUAUCUGGCAAGAGGGAUUGGAAUUGAUGAGUGUGGUUUUGGUGGUGGUGGUGGAGGUGGAGGUGGCGGUGGCGGUGGUUUUAGGUCAGAUGGAUUAGGUGAGGGUGGUGGCAGGAAAGGAUCCCAAAUUGAGGAGUAUUAUAAGAGGAGGGUUGAAGAAAAUCCUUCCAACCCUUUGUUUCUAAGGAAUUAUGCACAGUUUCUGUAUCAGUCUAAAGGAGACCCGCAAGGAGCUGAGGAAUACUACUCGCGUGCCAUACUGGUAGAUCCAACAGAUGGGGAGAUCAUGUCACAGUAUGCUGAACUGUUGUGGGAGCUCCACCAUGACUGGGACCGAGCUUCAAGUUACUUUGAACGUGCAGUCCAAGCUGCACCUGAGGAUAACCAUGUGCUUGCAGCAUAUGCUAGCUUCUUGUGGGAAACAGAGGAUGAAGAAGGCAGCUUGCCACAGGAUCUUGCUGCUGUGCCAGCUUACCAAUUUGCAAGUGCUUGAUUCUGGCAUAAAUUGAUAGAGAAACUCAAAAACUCUCUGGGAUGGAAUUACAGUAUUGGAAAUUUCAAGUCCAUGAUUUCUUUUGAAACAAAAGAAAGUUCUCUUUAAUACCUUUUGGUGUAUUUAAGGGAAAGGAAGUACUCUAAAUUUUAAUUUCUGUGGGGGCAUUUGGCCAUGAAUUUACAAUUUCCUCAUGGGAAUUUAAAUUAUUUUCUUCUGUUC